AUGUCCGGCAAACUUAGCAAGGCCCAUCCCCUCAAUGGAGCUCAUACCGCCGGAAUCUUCGCCGACAUGACCGUCGACGGCCCCGAGAUUGGCACCCUCGUUGUCAUCGUCGACAGGGCCAAGAACCUACCGAACCGCAAGACGAUUGGAAAACAAGACCCUUACUGCGCUGCAAGGCUGGGAAAGGAGGCCAAGAAAACCAAGACGGACAUCAGGGGCGGCCAGACCCCGAGGUGGGACCAAGAGCUACGAUUCAUGGUCCAUGAUUCUCCGGAUUACUAUCAGCUCAAGAUUUCGGUUUUCCACGAUGAUAAGAAGACGGACAUGAUUGGUGAGGGCUGGGUUGACUUGAAAGAGAUCAUCAUCUCCGGUGGGAACCAGAACGAUCUGUGGCAGACCUUGACGUAUAGGGGCAAAUAUGCUGGCGAGAUCCGUGUCGAGCUGACAUUCUACGAUACUCGUCCGAAACCCGAGAAACCGAUUGCGAAACCGAAGCAGAUACAGACCGAUCACUCUGUCGGCGCGGCCGGUCAGCAGCAGCAGAGGUCCCCCAUUAAGAGGCGGCCUCUUCCCUCGGACCCUAUCACGGGCGAAGACGCCCAAGCGAAGGAGGUUAUGCCGUCUUCGCAGGCUCCCGAACCCCCGCGAGCCCUUCCAAGGAAGCAACCGACCUCGUACAUCCCCACCCAACAAUACCUCCCCGAGAGCCACUCGCCCUCGAGCCCGGUUCCACCCCUCCAGACUCAGCCUUCGAGGCAGUAUAUACCGGAUAACUAUAACGCUGUCAUCGCAUCAGUCUCUCCCGGUUAUGGAGCGCCCCAUCCAGCGCAGCCUAGCUACCAGGCCUAUGAUGGAGGCUCCGCUUCUCCCCAUCAGCAUAAUGGCUAUGGCUACGAACCUUCGCCACCUAGGCACCUCAGCUACGACUCUCAGACGUAUGACGGCUACUCACGAAGCGGGAAUGGUAUGAAGCCCAUGGUGGAAGAUGCACCGGAUUCUCCUACCCCGGCUCGACACCACGCACACCGGCCAAGCGAGACCCACUCGGCUCGGAGCUUUGACGACUUGCGCUACGAGGACAACCCUACGCCGGCGCCCUUGAAUUUGAGCGGACGUGGCAGUGCCGCCUCUGGGCAGUAUAGCGCCUCUCGGGUCUCUCCUCAACCCUCGUCUGUAGAUAUGAAUGGUUACGGUGGUGCAUCCUCGAUGGUGUCAUCCUCUUCGGCCGACUACGGUGCAUCGUACAGAUCGUCGCGAGACUCGAUAGAUCGUACAAAUGAUUACCACCCACCCACGCGGACCUCUCCCGCAAUGGAGCCAAGCAAUGGCUAUCGCCACUCACCCCAGCCUAGCAACCAGCAUUCCGAUCUCGGUAGCCACUACCGCUCGUCAUCCUACUCGGAGCCGUUCGACCAAUACGGAAACCGGGAUCAAAACGAGUUGGCCGACACGCAAAUAGUCAAGGCCAGCACAUACUCCCUGCCUUCUGUGCCGCCUUCUCUUGUCCCUGGCGUGGACCCAGCCCUCGCGCGUGAGGUCUCGGAUCGGAUGUACGAGGAGCGCCGGCUUGAAAGACAGCAGACAAUCCAAAACAUGGCGACACCGCCGCAGACACGCGGUAGAUCUGAUGUAGCGGCUUUUGCCAACAAUACGGGGUCACCUGCGGCGUAUAACGGAUCCUAUAACUCUCCCGUGUACGACAGUCGGACUAGCCACGGCUAUUCCGGUGUCCAGCACACGCCCACAAGAUCGAGAGGGAUCUCUCGCAGCCCAGGGCCGAGCCCCAACCACGCCAUCCGCCGCAAGUCGGUGAGUCCGGUACCUCCGCCCGCUGAGAACCGCAGACACUCUGGGAUUCCCUUUGGGCCAGACUCAUAUGAGGCUUUCAACCCGGCCUUUGUGAACAAUGACAUAAAGGGCCCGCAGGAUGAGGUUUUCGACGGAAAAAUCAUCACCCAUGAUGGACGGGAAGUUGAUCCCUCGGACCACUUGCCCAUGGAGUCUUGGGCACCUGAGCCGGAGCCGCGCGAGGGCAGAAGCGGGUCAUUCGACGCGCAGGGUUACGAUUCUCCGAGGGGCUCGCAGCCUCCCCACCCGGUGGCCGCCGCCAGCUGCCCGCGAACACCGCCUGCGCCUGGCAGCGCCGGACGCAACAGACUCCAGAAGAAGACCAGCCGUAUGUCAGCGCUGCCCGCCUCCACGUCUCCUGCUGGUUCGAGCCCCCUCGCGCCAAUCUCGUCGCACAACUACAACACGGAUGCCAGCGGCUUCACGCCCCCGAGGCCGUCGCGUGCUAGCACCUGGGACUAUCCGAGCGAGAAUGACGUGCCUCAUUACGACGGCAGCCCUGGGCGAGCGAUGGGUAGUGGCCCCGUCAUUCCUCCCAAGAUACCGAUCCCGGCGAUGAGUGGUGCGCUCGUGACAACGGGCAAUUCUCGCAACGGCAACUACGCGGGCGAGGAUUGGGCGUUGAUGGAGGAAAUGAGGAGCAUAGACAUCGGGGCUGGGCGGUCGAGACGGCGGUACGGCGGGUACUAA